UGACAGGGAGCACGGGAAAGAGAGUGGGUUUUUGGGGUGCUGAGAGUGCAUAAUAAAAUGUUACUCCCCAUUUACACUGGAGCAGAAGCCUCUCAGCCACUAGGCAACAGCUGUUAUUCCUCUGGGGGAGGUGGAAUACCAGCAGCGCUGUAUGUGCCUUGCCAGUGUGGAUAGGGAGUGAGAUAUAGGGUUGUGGGUGGCUUUAUUGCGCUGUAACUCUCCAGUGUAGCCAAAGCCUUACUACAUUAUAUAAAGACCUUUUCAAAGGACACAUUUAAUUCAGUGUUUAAACUACUUAUGUUAAUUCAUUUUUAAUACUAUAAUACACUUUAAAAUAAAACUUUUGACACAUUUGGUAAAAAGAAAGAAAAUAAUGCAAUGUAAUUCAAAACAGAUCAGAAUGACAUGGUACCACAACAAAAGGAAGAGAAAAAAACAACAGGUUUCAGAGCCAAGGGUGGCAGGGGGCCCAGUUGUAAAAGAAAGAUCCUGUUGUGACCAACACAAGUCCUCCUUCCUACUGGCUCUUUCGCAGCGGAGAAAGGAAGGAGGAGGGGCCGUCAGUGCUACACUAGAGCCAGUCCCCUCCUUCCCAGCACUCACCCAAGCGCACCCCUUGGGCGGAAGGUGGUCGGCGCAUCAGUCUCCCCGCGCGGCGGGCGGGGCGGCCUUGAACCCGCACGAUGGCGUUAGCCGCCCGCGGCAGGCUCUGCGGGGCUGGCAUGUUGUGCGCGCAGACGCUGCUGCUCCGGUCCCGCCAGCGCUUGCUCAGGCGCAGCCCAGCCCGGGCACUGGGAGCCGCCGCCGCCGCCUCCUCCAUGGCGCCCAGUGUUCAGUUCUCGCCCGCCCAACGGAGCCUGUUCGAUGAGCCGCUGGCCAUUGUGGUGCAGGGGCUGUGCCCGCAACAGGCUGUCACUCUCCGCCUGUCUCUGCAGGACGAGGCGGGCGAGCUGUUCCAGUCCUGCGCCCGCUACCAGGCAGAGAGCAGCGGGAAGCUGGACCUCACUAGCUCCCCGGCGCUGCCGGGAGGCAGCUUCGCCGGCCUGGAGCCCAUGGGGCUGCUCUGGUCCCUUCAGCCGCAGAAACCCUUCCGGCGGCUGGUGAAGCGGGAUGUGCAGAGCCCCUUCUGCCUGGAGCUGGAGGUGUUCGAGGGCCACGGGCCCCUCCCCAGCCGGCUGCUGGCCAGGAGUGCCCAUGAGCGGGGCUUCCUGCGGGACGGGGUGAGGAGGAUCCCGGUGCGAGAGGGGAGGAUCCGGGCCACACUCUUCCUGCCUCCUGGAGAUGGUCCCUUUCCUGGAAUCAUUGACAUAUAUGGUACUGGAGGGGGACUUCCUGAAUAUAGGGCAAGCCUGCUGGCCAAUCAUGGCUUUGCCACACUGGCUCUGGCUUACUAUAGCUAUGAAGAUCUCCCCAAAGAUAUGAAGGAAUUCCAUCUAGAGUAUUUUGAGGAAGCUGUGAACUAUAUGUUGCAACACUCACAGGUUAAAGGACCUGGAAUUGGGUUACUUGGAAUCUCCAAAGGUGGUGACUUAUGUAUCUCCAUGGCUUCCUUCUUAAAAGGCAUUACUGCCACUGUCACCAUCAAUGGCUCUGUGGCCAAUGUGGCUGCAGUGCUUCGUUACAAGGAUAUUACCAUUCCACCUCUUGGCAUCAAUCUGAAGCGCAUCAAGAUUGACAAAUCUGGGAUUGCAGAUAUUGUGGAUGUCUUGAAUAACCCACUAGAGGGGCCUGACCAUCAAAGCUUUAUCCCACUGGAGAAGGCUGAGGGGCACUUCCUGUUCAUUGUUGGCAAAGAUGAUCAUAACUGGAAGAGUGAAUUCUUUGCCACUGAAGCCUCCAAUCGUUUGCAGGCUCAUGGGAAGGAAAAGCCUGAGAUAGUCUGUUACCCUGGAGCAGGGCAUUAUAUUGAACCUCCCUUUUCCCCAAUGUGCUCAGCCUCAAUGCAUCUGUUGGUUGGCAGCCCUGUGAUCUGGGGAGGUGAGCCCAAAGCUCAUUCUGUGGCACAAGUGGAUGCUUGGCAGAAAAUCCAAGCCUUCUUCCACAAACACCUCAGUGGUAAACAAUGUGUAAGAGGCAAUUUGUGACACACCUGGCUAUAAAGGGCAUUUUACAGAUAAAAUUACUAGUUGUUAAAGUUUACUUGGGUAAAAGAAUCUUUCAAUGAGUAUGAAAGGGAAUUUGAGUGAAUAAAUCUUUAAGCUGAAUUUUUUUUGUUCCUCCUCUCGACUGCCUGGAUUGCUGCUGGACCUUAGAGGACCAGAGGGUUUUCUGUUUUCUCAGCCCAUGGGACAUGACCCACUUGCAAGUCACACCCCACAAAUUGAGGAUUAGUGCACAGUAGAGUCUGCUGUGAGGGGAUUUAGCCAUUAUAUAUGAUUCUCAUUCUAGUCUCAUGGCUCGAAUUAUAAGCAACUGAAUUGAAAUAUCGUCUAUUACUUCUGAAUUAAAUUUACUUAAACUGUU